AAGCUCCGCCCCACAGGCACAGCCCCGCUCCUCUCCUGGCCCAGGGCAGAGGCAUGGAGCUGGGCAGCAGCCUGCUGACCACACACAUGCUGGACAAGGCCUCAGGGCUCCGGGCCCAGGGCCUCUGCCUCCAUCUGUCCAGGAGAGAGGACUGUGGCCAGCAGUGGACUGAGCUGAAGCAAAGUUGCACAGACCUGGACGACCGCUGCCCUGGGCUCCUGCCACCGGGCCAGAUCAAGAAGCUCGCCUGCAAGCUGUCCUUCGACACUGAGGGCUACUGGCAGAAGAGGGGCCAGGAGAGCUUCUACCCAUACAUGGAGGUCACUUUCACCAUCACAAAUGAGAAUCACAAGUUCCACGGGCUACCACUGCUGAGCCCCUGGUCUUACACCACAUACCGAGGGAGCCUGCAGCUGACCGGCAGCCAGCCUGUGACCCUGGACAUGGUCGCCACACAGAUCACCCCACCUCCACCCAUGCCAGACGUGCACGAGGUCACAUGGAACCUCCUCCAGUGUCUCACUGUGGGCCCACGGGGGCAGAACCUGACCUCACUGGCACAAGCCCUACCUGUUCACCUGAGUGGACUGAGAACACAGAGGGCGCAGCAGACCCACAGGAGGAAGUGCCCCGUGGAGCGGAAGCCACUGGGGUGUGCAGGUGCACCCGGCUUGCUCCCUGGGGUGCUGUCCGAGGCCCCAAGGCUGGGUGGCACUCCUGCCGAGCACUCCUGA